GUGUAAAGGAAAACAGUAUAGUUAACAUUGACAUGAUGAACAGGACAACUAAACUGAGCAACGGUGUCAACCUUGUCUGGAAUGCUACUGGUUCGAGCUUCGUCAAAAUAUGGUGCACUUUUUCUUCAAAGAACUCGCCUUUUGAUCUUAACGUGAUAUACCUAGAUUUGGGCAACAAUGGAAGCAACUGCGGUUCUCUGAACACAAGCAACAGCUACAUACCGAGCCAAGAGGCUAAUGGGUACCUUGCCAACUCUUCCAAGUACAGUCUUAUCUCAAAACAAAGAUUGGCGUCCUUGAAUGUGACCUUGUCCACUGGAUUUGUGUGGCUGCAACUCACAGUCAACUCCACAGCAAACGUCUCUGUGUUGUGCAGAGAGCCUGAGGAGAGAUCAGUUCCGACAAGUAGACCGCAAGGGCCAAUGGAGACAGGGGAAGACAAUGGGCACAGCCAAGACAAGUUAAAAACUAUUUUGAUCACAGUAUGCUGCUGUGUGGGUGUGUCAGCUAUCGUCUGCUCUGCUCUUGUCCUGGCGUUCUGUAGAUGGUCUCCCUUGUACAAGUUUUGGCGAACCGCGGAUGGGAGGCAGCCGGUUCCCCUCGGGUCGCCUUCGAAUACUACUGCAGAGUUGACCUCAACCAGCGAUGGGCUCGCGUGUGGGGACUCACAGAACGCUUAUACACUUCCAGCGGAUGAAUGUCCUCUAACCUCAAACUCUGAAACGGGAAUCCGCUUCAUGAAACUGGUAAAGGCUGAAGAGAAGCAUAACAUUUACACAGAUGCUGACCAACCCGAUCGAACUCUAGACUCAUUUCCCGGGGUCACCAGCUCAAAUAAUGGACGAGGCUUGUACUCGGAGGUCGACGGGCCAAAUAAUAGACAUGACGCGUAUUCGAAAGUUUACGGGCCAAAUUAUGGAUUCGGCUUGUAUUCAGAGGUAGACAGACCAUGUAACCGCCCGGGCUUGUAUUCGAAGGAAAACAAGUCAGAAAACAGACAGGAUAAUUAUAGCUUCCUUAACAAACCAGAUUCGAGCGAAGAACCUAUGAGCAGCAUUUAUAACUCCAGCCAAACAGCUGAGUACUCACAUUUAGGGCGGCCUUCCGAUGAACCCACCGUGAUUUCAAACGUGUAUGAUGGAUAAAAGCCAUCAAAAUUUGUACCUAUUAGGUAGAAAUUGCAGUGGGGGUAUCCCCAGAGAGGAAACGGAGACCUGACAGAAAAUGGGAACAGGAAAUAAUCGGGCUUGGAAACAAUACAAUUCAAGCAGGCAGAAUGGCAAGAGACAGAGAAACCAACAACCGAAGAAGCUUAAGAAGAAGUACCAGCGUCUGUAGUUUGAUCCAUUGGCUUUCAUAUAAGAUCUGUGUAUUAAAUUCCGAAGUGGAACAGUUUUUUUGAAAGAGUUCUUCGUUUGAAAUAGUUCCGUGCAACCAGGGUCGGCUCUGACGUACAGACAAGGUCAAAGUAUCCUUCCUCCAAAAAGUGUCGACAAUGGGUUAAUAAGUUGUAGGUAGUCCUUCGUUGCUGAAGAUGACGAUGAAAUCCUGCUGCUCAUCUGUGGACGUGCAUGUUGUCUUUGAGCCGCUUUAUUGGCCUCCUGAGAUUUCUUUUGCCACUUGAAAGUUAAUAAGUUACCUCAUUACAAUCUACAGUCAUAUCCCUGUUCUAUUCUCAAAGAUGAGAAAAAAAAGUUGCUUUUUAUGGAGUGCAUCCAUUAUUGAUACAAGACAGUGGGAGGGACCACUUUCAACAUCCACUUGCAAAAUAUUAAAAUUGUUUUGUUUGGAAUUGAAA